AAGGUAGCUUCAUAUAAUCGAUUAAUAAUGUAAUUUUUUUUUAAUACUUUUUUAUAUCCUUAUUUUUAUUAUUUAUUAAGGAAUAGAGUACAGUGACAAUAAUAACAUUUUUUCCCGCGCAAAGUUGUAGAUGGCACUGUAAGUAAUUUUCAGUUAUAAGUGACUAGUUAAAUGGUAUUAUAUUAAAUAAAAUUGUUACGAUUAUACGAUAUUACGUCUUCGAUGCGAUAUUUAUGUAUGCGAAAAUUCUUUGUUGAGUCACGUGUAUAAAAUUAUGCAAUUUUUAGUGAAUAAAAAAAGUGUUCAGUAACAAAACUUAACGCGACUUGUGACACCUGACCUACUUUGUGUACAGCAUUUAUUUACUAAUCACAGUGAAUGAAAUUUAUAAUUUAUUUUUCAAUUACCUCAAGAUAAUUCGGUGUAGUAUAUCAUAUAUGAUAUGAGAGAAAAACAUGUUUAUUCUAAACAAAUAAAUAAAAAGUAUCAGUUUUGUUCAUUCUGAUAAUUAUUGUUUAUUGUUACACUUUUAACUGUUAUCAACGGUUACUUGAUAUAUUUGAAUAAUGUACUAUCAAACAACGCAUUAUAACCUCCAAUUUAAUAUUGACUUAUAUUUAUUCAAUAGUUAACUGAAUAAUUCUAUUAACUAAAAUAAUUCAAUUAAUAAAUUAUUGUAAAUAAUCUGAAAAUGAAUUUAAAUGAAAGUGAAAUUGAGUGUACUGAGAAUGUAUGUUAAAAGUGAAAUUGACACAGUUUACUUGUUUUCCCUUUCGUUAAAUCACUGCCGUAUUAACUGGAUGUAAAGGCGGGAAAGUAUAUUUUAAAAUUAUUUAAUAAAUUAGAAUAUUUGAUAAAGAAACAGUAAAUUAAUUCAUGUCUAAUAAAUAAACCAACAAUUUUAAUAAAAUAAAACAUAAUAAUAAUUUUAAUAGACAUUAAAUACCAAAACUUGUGUUAUUAAUAUUAAAAAUGGUUUAAUAACUAUUCGAUAUAAAAAAAUUUAUAAUUGUUUAUAGAAGAUUAUAAAACAUAACCAUAAAUUUGACCAUAAAAUGUCUAUUAAGCCGUCCAUCGUUACGUAACUUAUAAAGAAGUGAAUUUGCAAAUUUUACACUGUGCCUUGUGUGAUAUAGCUUCAGUCAAUUUGACAUCAACAACUGUCUUCGUAUGCCUAAAUGAAAUAAACUCGUAGUGUUUUCCAUAAUAGUAACUUUAUUUUAACGUGGUAUAACUUGAUAGACAUACAUAUAUUAAAAUAAUGAAGUAUACGAUGUUUAAAUUGUGAAAAAAAAGAUAAUAAAAAAGUUGAUUGAAGAUAAACAGUACACACAAUCGAAUUUUGCGUCUGCGCUUUAGUCAAACUAUUUUCCGGUGGCAUCGCCCAACGUGUGUGCACAUCCCUGAGAUCCAUUUGGUGCUGUCAGUGACUCGGCGCACACAAGAGAUCUCAGGGAUCUUAAGGAAUAUUUAAAAUUGUAAGUAAAUAUAUGUGAAAUGUAUAAGUUAAGGUCGAAUGCGUAAUCCAACAAUACUGGUAUCCUCUGGACUCUUAGUGCAACACUGUGAAUUUUAUCAAGACGCAUUGAGACACUCGCUUGACUAAGGGAGUGCCGGUCCUGUGUGAUAUCCCCUCCCUUACCCCUCACCGCCAAUGCAAAGUGUAAGUGAAGUGGCCUACAGACCUACAUUUGUCUGACGCACCAUUUUUUCGUCCCCAAGACGCGGGCCCACGGGGCUUUAUAACAUCUUCGUUGGCGUCAUUAAUUCAAGUCGACACGGGGCAAGGUGAGGUGGUCACGGUGUUUUCCGGAAUGCACGAGGACCGAAUGGCAGCCCCUGUCGACAAUAUCGCACCCCUGGAGGUAACGCCAGCGGCGGAGUCCUCUACUACACAAGUUAUCCCUGAUGGAAACGUUAAUGAUAUUGGAUUAACUAGCCAUCAACAAUCAACCUCCACAAGACUAUCACUUAGUGAUGUACAUACUGAUACAGGAGGUGGUUGCGGCACGUCUACUAGUGGCCUAGACACUGGUGGAAGUUAUGGCGGUAGUGCAGGAACAAAUGUUGGCGUUAAUGGCCCCAGUAACUCUGGCAAUAACACAAAUGGUAAUACAAAUAACGCGACUACGGCUGGAAAUGGAAGCAAUAAUGGCGCUGGCGCCGCAACUAAUGCUACCAACCAAAAUGUAGGCAGCUCUGGACCGGUUACUGCUACCAAUGUAUGUCAUCCAAGUCUUGGACAAGUUGGUAUCGUCACAGGUUCUGUUCCAGGACCUUCUGACUAUCCUGAUACUAAAGACGUUAUUGAAGAAUUGUGUCCAGUUUGCGGUGAUAAAGUCUCUGGAUAUCAUUAUGGCCUCCUAACCUGCGAAUCGUGCAAAGGCUUCUUUAAACGUACUGUCCAAAAUAAAAAAGUUUACACGUGCGUUGCUGAGAGAUCUUGUCAUAUUGAUAAAACACAGAGAAAGAGGUGUCCUUUCUGCAGGUUUCAAAAGUGUCUGGAAGUUGGAAUGAAACUUGAAGCGGUGAGAGCAGAUAGAAUGCGAGGUGGAAGAAACAAAUUUGGGCCAAUGUACAAGAGGGAUCGAGCGCGAAAGUUACAAUUGCUGAGACAACGUCAACUGGCAAUGCAAACGAUAAGGGGUAGUCUUGGUGAUCCAUCGAGUUAUCCAUCAGCAGUGACGCCAUUUUUACAUAUUAAACAGGAGAUUCAGAUACCUCAAGUUUCAAGUUUAACAUCAUCACCAGAUUCAAGCCCAUCACCUGCAGCCGUUGCAGCUGGUCUAGUAACGACGCAAACUGGUGGAAAUAAUAACAACAACAAUAAUAAUAAUAAUAAUAACAAUAAUAAUAAUGGUAGUAAUAAUGCUGGUCAACAUCAAUUAAUAGCACCAUCGUCACAACCAACAAUAUCGGGUGGCAAUCAUCUUUAUAAUCCCAAUCCAAAUCUUGACGGCAAACUUUGGGCCGCUAAUUCCACUACCUCCAGUCCCAAGGCCUUUAACUUUGGUGAACAGUCGAGUCAGGCGCAUGGUCCUAAUUCUGGCCCCACGCCUGCUGCACCUCCAAGUUUAAAAACUAGUCCAAUGAUAAGAGACUUUGUGCAAUCUGUAGACGAUCGCGAGUGGCAAGAGUCACUCUUUGGACUACUACAGAAUCAAACGUAUAAUCAGUGUGAAGUGGACUUGUUUGAACUUAUGUGCAAAGUGCUUGACCAGAAUCUCUUCUCACAGGUGGAUUGGGCGAGAAAUUCCGUUUUCUUCAAAGAUCUCAAGGUCGAUGACCAAAUGAAGUUACUCCAACACUCUUGGUCGGACAUGUUAGUGCUCGAUCACCUCCAUCAAAGGUUACACAAUAACCUGCCUGACGAGACAACGCUACACAACGGCCAAAAGUUUGAUCUCCUCUGCCUCGGCCUACUUGGUGUACCUUCCCUAGCAGACUUGUUCAACGAUCUUUCCCAAAAACUUCAAGAACUCAAAUUUGACGUCUCGGAUUACAUUUGUAUCAAAUUUUUGAUGCUACUUAAUCACGAUGUACGAGGAUUGGUUAACAAGAAGCACGUUCAGGAGGGUCAUGAACAAGUUCAGCAAGCUCUUCUGGAUUAUACUAUUACGUAUUAUCCAUCUGUACCGGAUAAAUUCAACAAACUGCUAGCAGUAUUACCAGAAAUUCACGUUGUAGCAAGUAGGGGUGAGGAUCACCUUUAUCAAAAACAUUGUAAUGGUGGUGCGCCCACGCAAACAUUACUUAUGGAGAUGCUGCAUGCCAAGAGAAAAUGAAACAAUUUAGUGCCGUGAAUAUGUUUUUUAAGUUCCGGUGAUUAUUAAAAAAAAUUAAUAAUAAAAUGUACAUCAAGCAUCAUGUACCUCAAGUACCUAAAAAGAGUGACAGUGAAAGCUAUGGAGCUACUAAAUAACAUUUUUAAGUAAAUAAAAAAAAUAUUAAAAAAUUACUAAAAUUAACAAAAGAACAUACAAUUACUCAAAAAAUAUCUGGCUCUCUUAAAUUAAAUGAUGACAUCAAGAUGGUAUUAAAAUGAUGAAGAAAAAUGAAAGAGUAGUUCGAAAAAUAAUUUUUGUUUUUAUUUUUUCUUUUCUUGUAAUAAAAGAGAGUUGCAGUGUAAAUUACGUCAAAUUAGUAUAAGAUGAAAGAAAUAAAAGAGAUCAUGUGUAUUUAAAUAUAUAAAUAUAUAGUAACGAUAUAUUUUCUAUAUUUGAUGUUGAAGUUUUAGAGAUGUAUCCACGGGUAAAAUAAAAUUGAGAAAGAUAAUAAUGUUGAUACUGCAAAAAAUGAUACAAUGAAUAAAUAAAUUAAUUUAUAUUUGAUUAAAUUUGAAAUCUAAUAUUCUCAUACGAUGCGACACAUUAAAUUCACCCAGAUAGUAAAAGGUAUGAAUAUUAAAACUAAAUAAAGAAUUAAAAAAUACAAUUAAUGCAAGGAAAAAUAAGUAAGCGAGAUGCCUUGAAAACAGUACAAAAGCUGGUUUAGAUGAUGAAAUUGAAGAAAAAAUAACAAAUAAUUAAUUAAAUAAUUAAAUUUAUUGGUCAAAGGGCAGGCAACUUUUGUCUAAAUAGUAAAUGCUAUUUUUCUAAUAAUCUAGAAGAAGAAAUUUAUUUUUAAGUGAACCACUGAAGCCUUGCUCUUAUGAAAUCAAAUGCUGAUAAAACUUUUAUUUUUUAAAAAAGAAAUAUAUCAAAAUAUACACCGGGACUUUAAUCCUCUUUCUUAAUUUAUUUUCUUGUUUCAAAGCCAUUUGUGCUAAAGCAAGGGAUUCAAUGGGCAUAACUUAGAGAGUUAAACAAAAAAAAGAAAAGAAAAACUCGUAAAAUUGAUACGGAAACCAAUAAUGUCAUUUAUUUUAAGUGAACGCCACCCUCUUGGAUCAAUCUUUCAAUAUAACUACGAUAUUUAUUUAUUUCUUUUCUUUUUUUUUUUUCUGUUAAUUUUUAUCCAGAUUAACAUGAUAAAAAUACAAAAUAAACUUAUUUUAAUUUGAUAAAUAUUAAAAUUAAUAAAUUAAUUAAGAAAGGCAUGCUCACGUUGCGUGUAUUUUUUAACCACGCAAUCCAAUUUUUAACGUAAAAAGAACUUGAAAAAAAUUACUUGACAGAAUAAGUAAAACCGAAAUGAUAAAUAUUAAUUAUAUUUGCAUUUUUUUUGACACUCUUGCACAAUGAGCAGGGCUACGAUAAUUGUACAUAAUAGUUAACACAUUCCAGUUAUGUUGUAUAGAAUUAAUGAAGCAAAAAUAAUAACGAUAAUGUUUGAAUAGAUAAAAAUAAAAUAAUAAUAAUUAAUUAUUAAUACAUUGAAA